AGUAAACCUAUUAUCAACCUUCAUCACUCCCUUCAAGUACCUCAGCCCUGCUGCCCCAAAUAUGGAAGAUGAAGACAAUUUAAGUACCAGCAGCGCAGAAGUCAAGGAAAACCGAAACGUGGGAAACCUCGAAGCGAAACCACUCCCCGCCAGCGACAGGUCGCGGGGAGGGUCGACGAGCGUGAAGAGGAAAAGGCCCCUAGAGGAAGGGAACAGCGGGCCCUUCUGCAAACUGCAGCUGAUCUGGAAGAAGCUCUCGUGGUCGGUGGCCCCCAAGAACGCUCUGGUCCAGCUCCACGAGCUGAAACCCGGUUUGCAGUACCGGAUGGUCUCCCAGACGGGCCCGGUCCACGCCCCCGUCUUCGCCGUGGCCGUGGAAGUGAACGGACUGACGUUCGAGGGCACGGGCCCCACGAAGAAGAAGGCGAAGAUGCGGGCGGCCGAGUUAGCCCUGAGAUCGUUCGUUCAGUUCCCCAACGCCUGCCAGGCUCACUUCGCCAUGGGCAACGGCGCGAGCCCGCCCACGGACUUCACCUCGGACCAGGCCGACUUCCCGGACAGCCUGUUCAAGGAGUUCGAGCCGUCGGCCGGCGGCCAGGACCCGUCGGGCUGUCGCCCUGCGGGCGGUUCGUGGCCGUCCGGCGCCCGGCGGCGCGCGCUGCCCUUCCGCCACACGCUGGACCUGGUGGCCUCCCCCCAGCCGCCGCCAGACCCCGCCAAGACGGCGUCCUCAGUCGAGAGCGAAAAGAACCCGGUGGUGCUGCUAAAUGAGCUGCGAGCAGGACUGAGGUACGUCUGCCUUUCGGAGACCGUGGAGAAGCAGCAUCCCAAGAGUUUUGUGAUGGCAGUGAGAGUGGAUGGGAGAACGUUUGAAGGCUCAGGACGUAGCAAGAAGCUGGCCAAAGGCCAAGCAGCACAGGCUGCACUGCAGGCCCUCUUUCACAUUCGGCUGCCCUCCCACAUCCCCAGCAGGAGUAAAUGUACCCAUUUGCCACAGGAAUUCGCCGACUCAGUUUACCAGCUGGUGACGCAGAAGUUUCAGGAGCUGACAGAUAACUUGACGUCCAUGCAAACCCGCCACAAAGCCCUUGCAGGAAUUGUCAUGACCAGAGGCUUGGACGUCCGACAAGCUCAGGUCAUCGCUCUGUCUUCAGGCACCAAGUGCAUCAAUGGCGAAUACAUCAACGACCAGGGGCUCGUGGUCAACGACUGCCAUGCUGAGAUCAUAGCAAGGAGGGCUUUCGUUCACUUCCUCUACUCGCAGCUGGAGCUACACCUGAGCAAACGGCGAGAGGACUGGGAACGAUCCAUCUUCAUGCGAUUAAAAGAGGGAGGCUUCAGGCUGAAAGAGAAUGUUCUGUUCCAUCUGUACGUGAGCACUUCUCCCUGCGGAGACGCACGCCUCAACUCUCCCUACGAAAUCACCACUGACUUAAACAGCAGCAAGCACGUGGUCAGGAAGUUCCGGGGACACCUGCGGACCAAGAUAGAGUCAGGCGAAGGGACCAUCCCCGUCCGGAGCCACAACGCGGUUCAGACGUGGGACGGCGUGCUGCUGGGGGAACAGCUCGUCACUAUGUCCUGCACGGACAAGAUCGCCAGGUGGAAUGUCCUUGGGCUGCAGGGCGCGCUCCUCAGCCUCUUCAUCGAACCCAUCUACCUGCACAGCAUCGUCGUGGGCAGCCUGCAUCACACCGGUCAUCUUUCCAGGGCGAUGAGCCGGAGGAUAGAAGACGUCGGCCAUCUGCCGGCUCCCUACCGGCACAACCAGCCGCUCCUCAGCGGGGUGAGCCACGCGGAGGUGCGCCAUCCUGGAAAGUCCCCCCAGUUCAGUGUGAACUGGAUUGUGGGCAGUGCGGACCUGGAGGUUAUUAACGCCACGACGGGGAAGAGAAGUUGUGGGAAAUCAUCGAGGCUCUGCAAGCACACGUUCUCUGCCCGGUGGAUGAAACUCUACGGCAAGCUGAGCACCCGGAUACCAAGCCGUGGAGAUACGCCAUCGGUAUACUGCGAGGCAAAGCUGGUGGCACAGACGUACCAGUCUGUCAAACAACAGCUGUUCAGAGCGUUUCAGAAAGCAGGCCUAGGCACCUGGGUGAAGAAACCCCCAGAGCAAGAUCAGUUUCUACUGACUGUAAAGCUGGUCUUAAAUUCUGAUGCUUUUCUGAAUAGCAUUUAUCAUGUCUGGAGAGCCAUAUACACCUUUCUUACCUCAGUGAGGCACUCGGUCUCCCAUCAGAUGUAGAAGUUCGGAUUUGUUGGGCUGGAGGAGCGAGGUCUCUCCGAACCAAUCUCCUAGGCCUCCGAGAAGUGGCUUCCAGGGUAAGACCACCCUCGCUGUCCAUGCCGAAGAGACUCCCCUGCAAUAGAAGAUAGUCAUCAUUAUGGUAGAUUCUCUAGAUUAAAUCUGCUUCACUUCAUUAAACUUAAGAGUUAGCUAAA